AUGAUGAUGAACGAUAUGCAGCAGCAGCACCAGAAGGAGACAGCAAUAGGCUGUGGUGAUAAUAAUAAUAAGAGCAGCAGCAGUAGCAGCAACGUCAAGGUUGGUAGUAAUAAGAAAGACGCCGGCGGCGGGGAGAAGCUGCCGCCGGGGUUUCGGUUUCAUCCCACCGACGAGGAGCUGAUCACGUACUAUCUGGUGAAGAAGAUCGCGGAUGCUGGUUUCACCGGACGAGCCGUCGCCGACGUCGAUCUCAACAAAUCCGAGCCCUGGGAUCUUCCUGAUAUGACGGUGGGACGGAUGGGUGCAGGGAAGGCGAAGAUGGGAGAGAAAGAGUGGUACUUCUUCAGCCAGCGUGACCGGAAGUACCCGACCGGAGUGAGGACCAACAGGGCGACCAACACCGGAUACUGGAAGACGACCGGGAAAGACAAGGAGAUAUACAACAGCGUCACGUCGGAGCUGGUCGGGAUGAAGAAGACGCUGGUUUUCUACAGGGGGAGAGCGCCACGUGGCGAGAAAUCCAACUGGGUCAUGCAUGAAUACCGCAUCCACUCCAAGUCCUCCUACCGCCCUUCCAAGCAAGACGAGUGGGUAAUAUGCAGAGUCUUCCAAAAGACCACCGGCGGCUCACCAUCCAAGCACAACAACAACAACAAGUACCCAUCCAGCUCCUCGACCAUUAAUCACCACCACCAUCAACCAAGACCUCCGAUGACGUCGUCGCUCAACAAUCCCUACACUUCCCUUCACGAGAUGAUCGCCGGAGUAGGACCCACCAACGCCGCCGCCUUCCUCCCUCCUCCUCAGUUGAUCAACCACCAGUUCCCUCCUCACCAUCUGGACGACCACCACCACUUCGGCCAGCGACCGACUUACAACAACACGAUGACCAACUCCGAGCUGGCCGACCUCGCCAGGGCUUUCCGCGCCAGCACUGCCACUCAUCAGCAAAUGAUGAUGAACAACAACAACAACAGCGGCUACCAGUCCACGUCAGCUGGUGGAGGUUGUUUCACUUUGUCCGGGCUCAGCUUGAACCUCGGAGCAACAACGAACAAUAACAAUAAUGGUGGUUUUACUGCUGCGGUACUUCCUCAGACGGUGCCGUUUGUGAAUCAUCAGCAGCAGCUUGUAGAGGAGCAACAAGAAGAGAACGUGGGUGGAGCUUCUUCUAGUAUCAUGAUGAGUCAUCAGUUCCCCGGUUUGACCGACGAGGGGAGCGGCUACGGCGGCGGUGGUAACGCCGAGCAGAGCAUGGAUUUCGACGCCUACUGCUGGGCUUCUUACUGA